CGAGAUAUCAGACAGCUAUCCACACCGGCGGAGGACACACAGGUGCAGCGCGACGCUCACUCCAAACCGACAGCGAUGCCUCAUUCCUUGUUCCCCAUGUGCGUCCUGGGACUCCUCGCCCUCUCCUCCGCCUGCUACAUCCAGAACUGCCCCCGAGGAGGGAAACGAGCGCUUCCUGAGACUGGGAUCAGACAAUGCAAGUCUUGCGGCCCCGGAGAUAAGGGCCGCUGCUUUGGCCCCAGUAUCUGCUGCGGGGAUGGUUUCGGCUGCCUGCUCAGCUCCCCAGAAACAGCUCACUGUGUGGAGGAGAACUACCUGCUCACCCCCUGCCAGGCAGGAGGGAGACCCUGUGGGUCUGAGGGAGGGCACUGCGCUGCUUCAGGACUCUGCUGCAACUCCGAGAGCUGUAUGGUGGAUGCUGACUGCCUAGGAGAGACAGAGGCCACAGAUCCAGCCCACGGCUUUGCAAGAAGCUCACCAACAGAGCUGCUUAUGCGUCUUCUGCAUGUGGCUGCCAGAGGACAGAAUGAGUACUGAUACUGUAUGUGUGGUCCCUCUGCUGCUCAAGACCUGAAACUGCCACAGAAAUAAAGUCCAUGUUCCACUAUAAGCCUGAAGACCUGAACUCUGAAUAAGUCAAAGUUUCUUUGUCCUACUGUUUCUGUUAGAAGCAUCUUUCUGAUUAACUGGGCUACGAUGAGGAGAAGAACCA